AUUGUUUCCAUGGCUGACUCGACCACCACCAUCGAUGACAUUGAAGGGGAGCUCUUCAAAAUCGAGAGGAUCAGGGAGAUCCUGGUGAGGAGGGAGUCAGAGCUGCGGUACAUGAUGGAUGACAUUCAGCUUUGUCAAGAAAUCAGCCGGCUGAAAAAGGAGCUUCAAAAACUCAUAGCCCUUCCAGAGAAUGAAAAGUCCAAUGAGGAGAAGCAGAGGGAAGAAGAGCUGGUACAGCAGAUACACAAACUGGUGGAAACACGGGAUUUCCUGGUGGACGAUGUGGAGUUUGAGAGGCUCAGGGAAAGGGAAGAAGACAAGGAAAUGGCAGAGUUCCUGCAAAGUAAGCUCUCCAAAAGCUACCUCCAGAAAGCAACUCCUGUCAAAGAGAAGAAAAUGACUUCCAGAGGCCAGCAAACCUCUGCACCAUACAUGACCAAAACGGGCCUCACCCUGCUCAAGGAGUGCUGUGGCUUCACCUGCUCCAUCAUGUAG